GUGAAAAUCCGGCAAACGGUUUAAAAAAAUAAAAACCUAUUAACGGUGUCGUCUGAGACGCGCCUGGAUAAGUCUCACGGUCGCUCGACUUUGGAAACAAGCUGUGCUGAAACUUUAGCUUCACUGUUCGCAUCCGAUCGAGACCAUGCCUCUCAAAUGGGUUAUGCACUGGCAACCUAAUGCAGGAACCACAGUCAGCGGCCAAAUCGUAACUGAAAUUACGCAAUGCGUUGAGAGCAUCAAUGGUGUCAAAGAAGGCAGGUGGAAAGCUACUCUCACUUACUACAAGCCCAUGCUACGAGAGCAGGCUUUAGCAGCUGAGUUUCCUCGUGAUUUUCUGGGAAUUUCGCUGCCUGAGCAACCCAACAAGUACUACUUCAUAAUUCGAGGGCAGCGCUUAGUUCUUGAGGCAGACUCGUCGAUUCAGACUAUAAUGGAGAAAUUGCAGUCGUACAAAUCGAAGGUGUCCCUGAAUUUCGAGGGGUUUCAAUAUCAACUCGGGGACUUCCAAUUGAGGGUAGGGAAAGUUGUUCCUAGCCAUUCAGAAAAUUUGAGAGGAAUAGUCAUGGAGGUGGAGUACCUUCCCAUCUCUUCGAUAGAAAAAUCGAGGCAGAUCAUGGGAGAGUUCUUUGAGCUAUGGCAAGAGGUUGUGUCAAAAAGAUCAUUACCGGGACAAUUCAUGCAUAUGGAGCCAAAUUUUGCAGAGUAUGGCCUUGGAGACCUCUAUACCUCGCAACAUACUGCUGUCCAAUAUGCUACCGUUAUGGCUCAACUAAUAGCCACAGUGCAAGCUGUGCAAGCAGUGAGAAAUUAGAGCAUGAUCGAAACAAUGUCAUUGUAAUUUUCCUGUAUUAUGAGCUCUUUUCUCAUCCGGAGUUAAAGAAAAUAUUUGCUAUAUGUCUAUGCAUGCCUUAUUUGAUGAA